AUGACGACUACGACCCCAGCAGCUCCGAGCAGCACCACCCCCAAAACAACCCUCUCAACACUAACCUUUGAAAAAAACUCAAACACCAAAUUUCUCCACAUUCCCUCAAACAUCAAGAACAAAAAAUACCGCAUUGAGAAAAGACCUAUCCCCCGCACACCAGUGGCAUCACCUUAUGCCGGCGCUAGGGUCCCGAAAAUCGUGUACGUGGGUACCAAGACACCGUUCAUGAGUGCCGUGAAACGGGUAGAGAAGUUAUUACGAUUAGCGGAGCGGAGGGCUAUGGGGCCUGUUAUUGGAAGCCGACGCUCGUAUAACAAUAAUCAGACAGCUGGGAGGGGGAAAGGAGGAGAGGUAUUGGAGAAAUGUCAACGGAGACUUGGAGAGGAUAAAGUUCUUGUCAAGGCUACGGGUAGAGCGAUUGAGAGGGCGUUGAGUGUGGGGAGAUGGUUUGAGGAAGGGAAGGGUGGUGGCGGAGGGAUUGAGUAUGAGGUUGUUGUUAGGACGGGGAGUGUUUGUGUUGUUGAUGAUAUUGUUGAAGAGGAGUUGCAAGAUGAUGAAAAGAAAGAAGAGGAAAAAGAUGUAUCAAUGACAAAUACCGACGAGAAUCCGGAGAUGAGUUCAGAAGAGAAAAGAGAAGGAAAAGAAGAAUCCAAACAUCAACGCCGAAGACGUCGAAGACGAGAACGGAUUCGAGAACAACGUCUCAAAGCCUUUCGGGACGAAGAUGGGGAGACGCCCGAAUCGCGGACGAGAUGGGUUAAUAUGGUUGAGAUUGCUAUCAGCAUGAAGAAGAGUGUGGCAAUUCCUCAAUAUUUCGUCUUCGUCUUGAUCUGUAUUGAACGGAGGAUACAUAUUAUGCAGGAAGAAUACAUGAAAUAA